AUGGCUUCAGAUGCAGCUUCCGGCUACUCCCAGGUGCUCCAGGCACCUGCUGAAGCUUCCAUCUCACCCAGCCCUCCCCCCAACCCACCCGACCCCUCUCAUGAGGAGCAUCAAUACCUCAAUCUUAUUCGCACCAUUCUCGCAACAGGCGAACACCGACCAGAUCGCACCGGAACUGGGACUCGGUCUAUUUUUGCGCCUCCUCAACUCCGAUUUUCUCUCUCGAAACCCGGAAGCACAACGUCAUCACCCCCAGUUCCUAUCCUUCCUCUCCUAACUACUAAGCGCGUGUUCCUCCGUGCUGUAGUUCUUGAAUUACUCUGGUUUGUCUCAGGAUGCACCUCUUCACUUCCUCUGAGCGAGGCAGGUGUGAAAAUCUGGGAUGGUAAUGGGAGCCGAGAAUUCCUUGACUCUGUCGGCCUUUCCCACCGGGAAGUAGGCGACUUAGGACCUGUAUACGGAUUUCAAUGGCGACAUUUUGGCGCUGAAUAUGUGGAUGCAAAGGCAGACUAUACAGGAAAAGGCGUUGAUCAAAUUGCGGAGGUAGUUCGAAAAUUGAAGGAAAGCCCGUAUGAUAGACGGAUAAUUUUGAGCGCGUGGAAUCCUGCCGAUUUAAAGAAGAUGGCAUUACCUCCCUGUCAUAUGUUUGCACAGUUCUACGUCUCUUUUGCAUCUGCAACGUCUCCAGGGCCCGAGAAUACAACAAAUGGAGAACAGGAGACAACGAAAGGGACCCUCCACUGCCUACUUUACCAGCGAUCCUGUGACAUCGGCCUAGGUGUCCCGUUUAAUAUUGCAUCGUAUGCCCUGCUCACGCAUAUGCUCGCUCAUGCGGCUGAUUUAUACCCUGGAAGCUUGACUCAUACUAUGGGGGAUGCUCACGUUUAUCUAGAUCACAUUGAGGCAUUGCAAGUGCAACUGACACGAAAUCCAACAGCCUUCCCGGAACUCAAGAUCAACCGUACCGAUAGAGGGAGUGGACAGAUGGAUGGGUGGAAAGAUAAUGAUUUUGAGGUACUAGGAUAUAACCCGCAUAAGCUUAUUAAAAUGAAGAUGAGCGUAUGA